AUGACUCAAUCACUGCUUUUAUUUCCACAUAAUGUACUUGAAUUUCGAGAUGCUGCCUUUUUUGAUUUGGUUGGACAGUUUUGUGGUGAAGAUAUUGUAGAAUAUUUACAACUACUUCGUGUUCGUUCAGUUCGUUCACUCCUUGAUGUUAAUGAUAUUUUCUUACCAUUACAGCAAGAUUAUGUUGAAUUAGCUAUUGUCAAGAAGAAAUUAGCAUUUUGUCGUUCUGAUGGUAGUUGUAUAAUCAAAAUUGGAAUCCAGCACGACGUUGAUAAAUUAUUGAACAGCCUUCGAAAUACAUCAAUUAAUAAUGGACAAAUGACAACUGCUGUUACUGAUGAAAAUGACUUAAUAAUACCAUUCGAGAUUUUACAACAAUAUCCGUUUCUCAAAGGUUUAAUCAACUUCUUCAUCACAUCUUCUCAAAAUUCUCAUUCAACUGAUAAACCUUUUCUACAUUACUUCCUUGAAAACUUUCUUUCAAAUUUAACUGUCGCCGAAAGUCGAUAUCGUUAUAAUGAACAAGUACUUGAUUUCGCUGUCUGCUUAUCUAUUUUAGCAGGCCACAACGCUUAUGAAUUUUUACGUAUUAAUAUGCCUGGUGCAUUACCUAGCUUAAUCACAAUUCAAGCAAAAUUAUCCAAAGCAGGAUUUCGUGCAUUAGAAGGUGAAUUCCGCUACGAUGAUAUGAAUAAAUAUAUGAAUGAAAUUAAUUCAAAAUUUGCAUUUUGUAGUGAAGAUUGUACGAGUACUUUACGUAGAAUCGUAUAUGAUGUUCGAUCAAAUUCAUUUAUUGGAUUUACACCACCACUCGACGAAAAUGGUAUGCCUCACAUUAAAUAUUUUCGAACAAACUCAAUUGAAGAUUUAAAAAGUUGGUUUGAAGAAAAAGAAAUGUCUCAUUUACUUAAUUUACAUAUGAUCCAACCAAUAUGUAUUAAUAAUCAAAUCAGUCCUUCUUUUGCAUUAGCUGCAUAUGGAACAAAUGGAAAAUACACUGCCCUUGAUAUUAUUCGUCGUUGGUAUACAAUUUUUGAAGAAAGUUCAUCACGAGGUAUACGGAUCGUAGGAUAUUCAACAGAUACUGAUCCAAAGUAUUUAUUAGCCAUGAAGCUGGUUUCUGGUUUUUUUGGUGUCUUAAUCAAUAACCCAAAAUCAAAACACUCUUCAUUACUAAAGGUUGCUGUACCAACUUCUUGGUCGUGGUUUUAUUUACCACGUGAACAGUUAUUCUUAUUCAUGCAAGAUGCAACUCACGUUUGCACCAAACUUCGUAAUCGACUUUUACAAUCUUCAGCUAUUAUGAUGAUGGGUGAAAAUGUAAUUAGUAUUGAUUAUUUAUUGCAACUUAUUGAAUCACAAUCGAAAUUCAAGCACAAUUUGGUCAAGUCGGACAUCUGUCCUCGUGACAAACAAAAUUAUAGAUCGUGCGAAAAGUUAUGUGCUGCAUUAGAAUAUUUAAAAGAAAUUAGUGGUUCGGAUGCUACAGUCGUAUAUAUCAAUAUUAUUCGUUGUGUAAUUAUAGCAUUCAUUGAUACAUCAACAACAACUUCUGACCGGAUAUAUCACGCCUGGUUAGCCGUUUUCCUAUGUCGAUUGUGGCGUACAUGGCUUGAUUUGAUACCCAAACGACAAUUAGAUAAACAUAUUUCAGAAAUGAAUAAUAUUUCCGAAAUUGCCAAAGAUAAAUUCAAACAAAAAACAACAAAACGAAAUUUCUUCAUUACAUCACCGAGUUUUUUGUCUUGA